UCUUUUUUGUUAAUUUAUAUCAUUAACAAAUAUAAUAUUAAUCAUAUCAUAAUAAAAGAAAAAAUGCGUAUGAACGAAAUUCAAUUAUUAGCAUUAGCCGAAAAGGCUUUGCAUGAUAAUGGUAUACGUGGAUUUCUUUUCAAACGUACAUCCGAAAAUUCUAAAUGGCAGUUACGUUAUUUUGUAUUAUUUCAAAAUCUAUUAUUCUAUUUUGAAAAUGAACAUUCACAAAAACCUUCGGGCGUCAUAUUUUUGGAAGGUUCAUAUUGUGACAAAAUGGUUAUAACAACAUCGAAAACGAUAACGGCUAGUGUUAGUGCUACUGGUACGUCAACCAAUCUUCAGCAUUAUUUUACAAUCACGUAUCGUAAAGAAGGAUCAAAAACUUUUGAACUUAAAGCUGAAUCUGAAUCCGAAUGUAAUGCCUGGGUACAUGCUAUCGAAAAUGCAAGCUUUUCAAAAAUGUUGCUACAAAAAGAAGAAUUGGAACAAAAACAUUUACAUCUUGUACAGAUUGUUGAAAGUGAAAAAACGGCUAAAUGGCAAUAUACACAACAAUGUGAAGAAUUGACAAUGGAGAUAAAAAAAUUACGUGCCGAGCUUUUUUCAUUGAAUCGUGAAUGGCGAUUAGCACCGAAUAAUCGUAGCCAAAAUCUUCAACAACUUGGUGGCCUAAAUGAAGAAAGUGAAGAAAUAAGAAAAAUUAAAAAAGUUCAAAGCUUUUUUCGUGGUUGGCUUUGUCGUCGACGAUGGAAACAAAUUGUUAUCGAAUAUAUUAAUUCACCACAUGCUGAAAGUAUGCGUAAACGAAAUAGUCUCGUGUUUCGUAUGGUCGAAGCGGAAGAAGAAUAUCUUGAACAAUUACAAUUAAUGGUAUCAUGUUUUUUACGUCCAUUUAAAAUGGCUGCCAGCUCACAAAAACCACCAUGUUCACAUGAUGAUGUUAAUUCAAUAUUUUUAAAUGCUGAAACGGUCAUGUUUUUACAUCAGAUAUUUUUAAAAGGAUUAACAGCUCGUAUGGAAUGUUGGCCAACAUUAGUAUUAGGCAUAGGAGAUUUGUUUGACAUGUUGUUGCCAAUGUUAAGCAUAUAUCAAGAAUAUGUAAGAAAUCAUCAUUUCUCUCUGCAAGUAUUGGCUGAAUGUAAACAACGAGAAAAAUUUGCUUCAAUGUUACGUAGAUUGGAAGAAAAGCCAAUCAUUCAGGGACGUACAUUGGAAACAUUUCUAACAUAUCCAAUGCAUCAGGUACCACGUUAUAUAAUAAAUUUACAUGAAUUACUUGCCCAUACACCACAUAAUCAUGUUGAAAGAAAAAGUUUGGAAAAUGCCAGAAUGAAAUUGGAAGAAUUAUCAAGGCAAAUGCAUGAUGAAGUUAGCGAAACGGAAAAUAUUCGCAAUAAUUUGGCCAUUGAACGUAUUAUUGUUGGCGGUUGUGAUAUAUUGCUCGAUGUCAAUCAAGUGUUCAUAAGAAAAGGAUGUGUCAUACAAGUAUUGAAUAGUGAUCGUAGCAAAACAGCUAGCCGUGUAGCACGUAUCGGAUCAUUUCGUGGCCUUGUCGAAAAAGAAAUUAUGCGACAAUGUUAUUUAUUUUCCAAUCAUAUGCUUCUUUGUACACGAACAUCGGGUGGAAAAUUAUCACUAGUUGAUGGAAUUGGAAAAAUUCCAUUAGCUGAAGCAACAUUAAUUGAAGAUCCCAAUGAACAAUUCCAAUUUACAGUCGACGAUACAGAAGGCUCUAUUAGCUCAACUUCAAGUCAUUCAAGUGAUGCUGGUACAGGUACCGGUGCUGGAAGUGCCAAUACAAAUACCCCAUCAUUCAUAAAUCAAGCAAUAACAACAACAACUACAACAACAACAUCAUCAUCAACAUCAAAUAAUGCUACAACAGCAACACCCACACAUUCAGGCAAAGAUUUUGGUGGUUUAGAUUUUAAGAUUAUUGUCGAUUGUAAAACUGGACCACCAUUAACCGUCCAUUUAGUUGCACCAACAUUACAGGAAAAAACCGCUUGGAUAUCGGAUAUCAGUCAGUGUAUAGACAACGUUCAUUUCAAUGAUUUGUUCCAUGGAACAUUAAAUGAUUCAUCAUCUAUUACGAUGCCACAUUCAAUCAGAAAUGAUCCACGUCUUUUUAAGGAUGAUGUUGACAUACGAUUUAGUCGUACAUUAAAUUCAUGCAAAUUACCUCAAAUUCGUUAUGCCAGUCCUGAACGUUUAUUUGAACGUUUAACUGAUUUAAGAUUUUUAAGCAUCGAUUUUCUCAAUACAUUUCUUCUUACAUAUCGUGUUUUUACUGAUAGUAUUACCGUUAUUGAAGCACUUAAACGUGUCCAUUAUAAUCCUGAUCUUUCAGCUAUGAAUGCAUCAUUACAUGAUUCAUCUGGUUCAUUGGAAGAAGGAACCGGUAAUACCAAUGGUAAUGCAAAAAUAGAUUCUACACAUUUACAUCCUAGUCAAUCACCGUAUCAUCAUUCGGGUAUAAUAACGACAGCAACUUCGCUCAAUCAAGCACAUUCGAAUACUGGUGGUGGUGUAUCUGCAACAAUUAUCGGCAAUGUUAAUGUUAAUAAUGUUUCUGCUGCCAAUGAAUAUCUAUCAACAACAAUAGAUUAUGAUUAUUCACGACGUGUCAGUAAUAGUUCAGUACUUUCGGAUAUCAAUGAUCUUGCACAUCGUGAAUCAGUUGUAUCAACAUCAGAAUCAACAGCCGGCCAACAAUUAGCACAAGUACAACAAAUGUUUUCAUCGAAUGCAAUUCGCAAUAAUCAACAUUGGAGAUUAAGUUAUCGUAAAUUUGAAGAAGAACAAGCUCGUGAACGUUAUUUAAAACGAAUGAACAAUCGUUUAGCUCAUGGAAGUAUUUCAUCUACAACUUCAUCGAAUGUUGGCAAUAAUGAAAUUGUUGCUAAUCAUAGCAACAACACUAAUACGAGUAAUAUUAGCAGCCAUUUUCAAUUACCAGCAGGAGAACCAUUACUUACACCAGCCAUUACCGAUCCAAUAGCUGUUCCAGUUCCGCCACCACCAAGUCCAGAAGUUCCUGGUUAUUUACAAAAAAGUGCAAAAGAAGCCUCCUCAUUAUUGGCUGAUAAAGAAUCACCCAAUAGUAGCAAUGAUGAUCGAUCACCUAGUCCAACUCAAUCUAGUCCAUCAAAACAAAUAACAGCAAUACAUCGUUCAAAUCAACAUUUACGUAUAACAACUAAUAACGUUCACCAGGAUCAAGUUUCAUCACCACAUUCACAAUCAUGUGACACAUUGACAAAUAAUUCUGAACUAAGCUAUCCAGCAUCACCAUUAAGUUCGGCAACCAGUUCAGCGACAUUGGUCGGUACCGAUUCACAUACAUGUUCACCGAAACCAAGUCCGAUACAGAAAACAUCACCACAUAGUUUGCCAGCACAAAAUUCUAUUGAACAAAAUGCUGAAAAUCAAGAUUUGGAUAUUCUAUCGAAGGAAAGUACAGAAUUGAGACAAAAAAUAGCUCAAAAUACAUUACACGGCCAAUUAAGUGAAGGAACACCUCCUCCAACACCACCAAUACCGGGUACACCCCAAAAACAACAACAACAUCAACAUUAUUAUCAUCAGAUAACACCACAACCAACACAUCCUGCUUCAUCUGCUCCGCCCAUAUCUAGUGUUGGUUCGUGUUUUGUAUUGCCACCAAAAAAUCAGCCCCCCGGUAAUCCUAAAUCUACCGAUUCUCGAUCGGGUAGUAUAUCUGUUCCACCACCAAUAAAAUCAUCCGAAUCACGAUCCGGUAGUAUUAGCCAUUCUACACCAUCGGGUAGAUUGAGUGCUACAAGUAUGAACUAUCUUCGUGUUCGUGGAGCUGGUUCUAAACGUGGAUCAGGCAGUAGUGAAUGUGAAAGUAUGGCCAGCUCAUCCGUAACACCUAGAUCAUCAUUUCAAACUGAUACAAGUAUUAGUACGGCUCGUAGUUCAUUUCAGCAUCCAGAAUCACCCCAAAUGUCAAGCAAAGCCGGUGUUGUUGUUAUUUCAUCCCGUGCAACAUCACGUCGUUCUAGUACAGCUUCGGCAGCUUCUGCAUUCGCUGCAGCAACAGCUGCAUCAAGUAAUCCACCCGAACCGACUGAUCCCAUGAUGAAACAAGUGAUUAUAUCACGUGGUAGUAGUCGAUUUUCAAGCGCAGCCGGUGCAGAUCUCAAGAUACCUAAUAGUCAAGGUGCAGCGGGAGGCAGUACAACAGCUGCACAGAAUGCACAGAAUGUUGCUGCUAAUAAUGAACGAAUCGCUCAACGAGCCAAACGAGAAUCUAUGAUUAGUACAGCCGCUACAAUGCGAGUACUAAAUGUGUUACGACAUUGGGUUAGCAAACAUUCACAAGAUUUUGAAAAUGAUCAAAAAUUAUUACAAAUUACAACUGAAUUUCUGGAAGAAUUAAUACACAACACAAAUCUUUUACCAGCCGAACAUAAAGCAGCCGUGCAACUUCAACAAAUGAUUGCGAAACAAACAAUGGAAGCCAAAGAAAAAGUCGAUCUAGAUGUUUUAUUGGCAGCACCGAUUCAUCCAAGUCAAGAUAAUAUUGAAACAUUAUCGGCAUUAGAAAUAGCAGAAGUAAUGACCUAUUUGGAUCAUAAUAUUUUUAUUCGUAUUCGAAGUGAAGAAUUUCUAGGCCAAGCAUGGAUGAAAGAACAAAAGAGCAAAAAAGCAUUUCACAUUCUUUUAAUGACGAAACAUUUCAAUGACAUUAGCCGUUUAGUUGCAUCGGAAGUUCUGCGUGUUCCUGAGAUUCAUAAACGUGUUGCUAUAAUUGAAAAAUGGGCAGCUGUCGCUGAUAUUUGUCGAUGUUUUCAUAAUUUUAAUGGCGUUUUACAAAUAUGUGCUGCUUUUACUAAUUCAUCAGUAUAUCGCCUUAAACGAACAUGGGAAAAGGUUGCCAAAACUACUAAACAAACUAUCGAAAAGUUACAGACAUUAGUUUCAACAGAUGGUCGUUUUCGUAAUAUGCGUGAGGCAUUACAUCGUUGUGAUCCACCAUGUAUACCGUAUCUGGGAAUGUAUCUUACCGAUUUGUCAUUCAUUGAAGAAGGAACACCAAAUUUUACCGAUGAUGGCCUAUUGAACUUUUCAAAAAUGAGAAUGAUUGCACAUGUUAUAAGAGAGAUACGACAUUUUCAACAAACACCAUAUAAAAUGGAACAUAAUCCUAAAGUUACCAACUAUUUACUUGAUACAUCAAGACAUUUACAAGAUGAUGAACUUUAUCAAAUGUCUUUAACAUUAGAACCACGAUUAUCACGUUUUUCACCGCGUGUAUAUGUACCGAAUGUAGGAUCAGCCGCAACAUCGCCAUCGGCAACAACAAAUCAAACAGUGACUAACAACAACAACAACGAUAAUAAUACCGUUACAUCGUGAACGUGAAAUUCAAUUUUGUUUCACCAUCUUAGUUCAUCAUCAAUCGAAUUGGAUAGAAUGAAUCGAAA